UCAGAGCAACAUGGCGGACGAGGAAAUCGAAACAUUGGAUGCAAAUCCAAACAAUACUGAAAUUCCUUUUAACGAUGUGUUUGCCAAUGGAAAUAACGAAAGUGAAAUUAAAAAAGAGUGCUCAGAUGAAUCUGAUACUUUUGAGUGUAUGCAAUCAGGAAUUGUGUUGCCUCGAAAAAGCAGUUUCAUGAGUAAGGAUGGUUCAAGAAGAGGCCAUAGCAGGAAGAAGACAGUCUCUUUCAGCAGUAUGCCAACAGAGAGGAAAAUUGCCACAGCCCAGGACUGUCUGUCCUACAUGCAGCAGGGCAGUGAGCUAGUGAAGGUCCGCUCCAACAGUCGACAGUACCAUCGCAUCUUCUCCCUCAACUCUGACAUGACAGAAGUCCGAUGGCAGCCCACAUCAAAGAAACCGCACAAGGCACGAAUUCCAGUUGUGUCAAUCAAGGAAGUGCGAAGCGGAAAGACGACAGAUGCCCUGAAGAACAAGGAGAUAGCGGGAAUCUUCCCAGACGAAUGUGCCUUUUCUAUCGUGUUUGGGGACAACUUUGAGUCGAUGGACCUUAUUGCCAACACACCAGACGAGGCCCAUAUCUGGGUUACAGGACUGACCUGCCUCAUCAACACCAACACACGCACCAGCACCUGCAACACUACCACUCCAGAGGCCCUAGAGGAAAUGCAGCAAAUGAGGGACCAAUGGUUAAAUGACGUGUUUCGUUCUGCGGUCCCUGACGAGUCUCAGACGUUGCCCGAACAUGAGGUGGUUAGGCUCAUGCAGAAUCUGAACAACAACAUAACAACCUCAAGGAUCCUCAACAGACUCAAAGAAUUAGAAAUGUCACGGGACGACGGGUACAAGCGAGGGCGUCUAAACAGCAGUGAGUUUGUAUCAUUGUUCAAGGAAAUCUCCACGAGGCCUGAAAUCUAUUUUCUACUAGUCAGAUAUGCAAGUAAUGCUGAUUAUUUAUCAACUGAUGAUUUGUUGCUGUUCCUCGAGGCAGAACAAGGGAUGCAACGAAUAACCAAAGAAAAGUGCUUAGAGGUCAUUAAUAAAUUUGAACCAUCAAAGGAAGGGACGCGAAAAGGACACCUUGGCAUUGAUGGAUUCACAUAUUACCUGUUGUCAGAGGAGUGUGAUAUAUUUGAGCCUGAGCACCACACGGUCUGUCAGGACAUGAACCAGCCUCUAAGCCACUAUUUUAUUGCUAGUUCACAUAAUACGUACUUGUUGGAGGAUCAGUUAAAAGGCCCCUCCAGUGUGGAUGCCUAUAUCCGGGCUCUCAAGAAGGGAUGUCGAUGCAUUGAAUUGGACUGCUGGGACGGCAGCAAUGAAGAGCCUGUCAUCUACCAUGGCCACACUCUCACCUCCAAAAUUUCCUUCAAACACGUCAUUGAGGCAAUAAACAUGCACGCUUUCACCUCUUCGCAAUAUCCUGUGAUACUGUCCAUAGAGAACCACUGUAGCGUGAAGCAGCAGAAGGUAAUGGUGGACCACAUGACCAGUAUCCUUGGUGACAAGCUCUUCAAGGGGAAGGUGGAUCUUGAACAUGGAACACUGCCAAGUCCUGAAGAGCUCAAACAUAAAAUCCUCAUUAAGGGCAAGAAGCUGGCCAAUGAUGUGACGGAGAUGGAGGAAGGGGAGGUCACUGACGAAGAUGAGGGGCUGGAGUCAGAGAAACGCAAAAACAACAAAAAGGAUGGAGUAAAGAAGAAACACAAGUUGGCAAGGGAACUGUCUGAUCUGGUCAACUACUGUGUCUCCACGCGCUUUGAGGACUUCCAGCUCUCUGUGCAGAAGCAACAUUUCUGGGAGAUGUGCUCGUUCAGUGAGUCCCAGGCGCUGAAGCUUGCCAUAUCGUGCCCUGAGGAGUUUGUGAACCACAACAAGACAUUCCUCUCUCGGAUCUAUCCCAACGGCAUGCGGGUAGACUCCAGCAACUACAACCCGCAGGACCUAUGGAACUGCGGCUGUCAGAUGGUGGCCCUGAAUUACCAGACGCCGGGUCUGAUGAUGGACCUGUACAAUGGCUGGUUUCACAAGAAUGGGGGCUGUGGGUUCGUGCUCAAGCCUGCCAUCAUGCGGGAGGAGAUAGCGUACUUCAGUGCCAACACUAAGGAGGUGAUACCCGGCGUGUCGCCACAGAUACUGCACAUCAAGAUAAUCAGUGGUCAAUACUUCCCGAAGCCCAAGGGUUCUGGGGCCAGAGGUGAUGUCACCGACCCCUAUGUUACCAUAGAGAUCUUUGGAAUACCUGCUGACUGUGCUGAGGAACGAACCAAAACUGUGCCACACAAUGGUUACAAUCCACUAUUCGAUGAGAGUUUUGAGUUUCAAAUCAACUUGCCUGAGCUAGCACUGGUGCGGUUCUGUGUUCUGGACGAUGACUACAUUGGGGAUGAGUUUAUUGGACAAUACACCAUACCAUUUGAAUGUAUGCAAACAGGAUACCGCCAUAUUCGCUUGUUGUCUAAUACGGGUGACCUGAUUGAGAAUUGCUGUCUUUUUGUGCACAUUGCGAUUACCAACAAGAGUGGAGGUGGGAAGUCCCAUCGAAGAGGAAUGUCAGUAAAAAAGGCAAAGCGGAAAAAAGACUACACCAGCAUGAAAGCCAUAGGGGUGAAGAACAUUGACGAAACAUUCAAGAUUGCCAUUCAGCCACUGAGAGAUGGCACGGACCUGCGUGAUAACGUGCAGACAGCUCUGUCUGACUUCAAGGAGGUGUGUGGCCUCUCACAGAUCGCCAACCUCAAGCAGUGUAUCCGUCUGCUGAGCACGCGAGUGUCCAGCUCCUCGGACCAGGCAGCACUCAGCCUCUACAUGCAGGGGGAGUACCCUGUGCUUGAUGCAGAAGGGAAUCUUCCUGACAUACUAAAGAAAGCACUGAUGUCUUUCGACAUGUUAGUUGCUGAGUGCAAAGGCCUCAUAGAGAAUGCAGAUGGUGUAUAUGAAAGGCUGUUGCAGAGUCAGAGAGCGGGACUAGAGUGGCAUGAGGAACUGGAGUCCAUCAGUCAGCAGGCAGGGCUCAAGGGCAAGAAACUGUCCAAGGCAAUAGAGAACUUUUCGUGGAACAUCCGAGUUCUGCAAGGGCAGGCAGAUCUACUUCUGCAGGCCAAGAAGGAGUGCCAGGAGUAUAUAAGACAGAUAUCUGAAGCAGCCAUUACACUUGGCAUGGUAAAGAAUGGAACUACUUUAUGCAAUAAUAAUCAUGACAACUGAACAGAAAAGUGCACAAACAUAAGUGAGAAGACUAAUAUGAUAUUGUCAUCAUUUGUAUGCCAAUGUAUAUCCAUUUGAUGUGAGUGCUCAAACUAGUCACAUACAUUUUGAAUUGUGUAAAAUAUUCAUGGUUCAUAUAAUGCAAUACACUCAGAAAUAACUGUUAGGUCAAGUAAUGAAGUCUACUUUCAGGGACUGUGGGGGUGUAGAGAUGUACUGUGUGAUAGGAGAGAACUAAGCCAAAGGUUUAAGCUGGUUAUGUGAUGCUUUAAAUUGACCCAAAGCAAUAAUGGGAUCAAUUUAUGUGAUGCUUUAUAAUAACCAAAAAUGAAUAAUGGGAUGUGGUUUUGUGAUGCUUUAUAAUGACCCAAAGGAAUAAUGGGAUCAGGUUAUGUGAUGCUUUAUAAUGAACCAAAGGAAUAAUGGGCUCUGGUUAUGUGAUGCUUUAUAAUGAACCAAAGGAAUAUUGGGAUCUGGCUAUGCGAUGCUUUAUAAAUAAUGACCCAAAUGAAUAAUAGGAUCUGGUUAUGUGAUGCUUUAUAAAUAAUGACCCAAAUGAAUAAUGGGAUCUGGUUAUGUGAUGCUUUAUGAUCUGGUUAUGUGAUUCUUUAUAAUAACCCAAGGGAAUAUUGGGAUCUGGUUAGUUAUGUGAUGCUUUAUAAUGAACCAAAUGAAUAUUGGGAUUUGGUUAUGUGAUUCUUUAUUAUAACCCAAGGGAAUAUUGGGAUCUGGUUAGUUAUGUGAUGCUUUAUAAUAACCCAAAUUAAUAAUUGGGAUCUGGUUAUGUGAAAGGAAUUAUAAGAUCUGGUUAUGCGAUGCUUUAAAAUAACCCAAAGGAAUAUUGGGAUCUGGUUAUAUGAUACUUUAUAAUAAACAAAAAAGAAUAAUUGGAUGUGGUUAGGCGAUGCUUUAUAAUGACCCAAAUGAAUACUGCGAUCUGAUUAUGGGAUGCUUUAUAAUAACCCUGAGCCACAUUGGGAUCCAGUUAUCUGUUGGAAAUAUACACUACAAUUAUUGAGCUAGACAUUUACCUAAUCACUAGUAUUGUACCAAUAUUGUAGUACAGGUCCUAGAAGAUGCUCUGAUGAUGCAGUACCUCCACAUAACCCACAUUUUGUUAAGAUAUUGUCAUAGAAUUAAUCCAUUUUAUACUUUGAUGUAAUUGUGAUGUUUUGAGAAGGAAAUUUCUUUGUAUGAUGUACAUGUAGGAUUACUAAAAUAGGUAGGAUAAAUGGUGCAGGUUUUAUUUUAAUUCUGUCUACAUGUUACUCCAAGUCUUAAAGCAUCGCUGUAAGAAAGUAUAAAUAUUUCUUUGUAUUGAUUGUUUCUUUAUUGAUUUACUUCAAUUUAAACAUUGUAGAAAAUCAUGUGUCUUUUGACCGUAACAUGCACGCAACACAAAACCACCAAACAUAUUUAACAAAUGCAUUCACUGACCUUUCAAAGGACAAUUUAUACAUAAUCAUUUGUUAAAUUGUAAAACCACUACAUACACUUGUACAUGCAUAUGUGAUAUAUACAAGUAAAUCUUUUAAGGCGUUUAAUGUAUGUCCUGCAAUUUCAAAAAAAUAAGCUGUGUAAAUUUCUAUCUUGAUUAUAUUUACAAAUAUUGAUGUCAUGUCCGCUCUUUCUUGUGAUUUCAUUUUAGAAAAGACAUAUUUACCAACAAUUAUAUGGAGAAGAAAUGUACAAUGUUAAUUGAAGUUUUAAUUUGAAGUUUUUCUAACACUGUGCAAAUGUCAAUGCAGUUUGAAUGCAUCAGUUAAGAUCAUUUACGUUAUUACUUAUUUAGUAUUGAAAUUAGUUGUUUAUUUAAUUUGAUUUUCAUCUGUAGUAUAUUAUGUGCUGUUUAUUGAAUGUUAGAUAUAUAUUGUUUGUUUUCGUUUAAAUAUGUUGAUAAUUUCAUUGGUAGAUAAAAGUUUAAUAGAUAGACUCAGUACCCAAAAGACCUUUUUCACAUGCCCGCUUAUUUGUGUGGUGGCAUGUUGAUUGAGCCACGGCCACAUGUAAUCUUUAAUUAAGACUCAAUAUUAUACACAUUCUGGUCAAAAGGUUCAUGUAUUGAUGUAUUCAUAUAAUAUUAUGAUCUAGUGAUAUUUAACAAGGUUUGGCUGCAAUACAUCAACUUCCAGUAUCAUAUGAAGAACAGUAGUCUAUAUGCACUGUUACUCAUAAGCGGCACUUAGCUAAUGUAAUGACACUUAUUACUAAGUUUAUGUUGAUUCUUUGCUAAGAAGUAAAAUUUAGCAAGUAUUUGAUUUAGAUAAUAAAGUGAAAUGACUGCUUUAUAAAGAUGUAUGUAUAUAUAAGCAGACAAUAUAGAACUUCACAUAGCAAGCCUUGU